AUGACCAGUGUGGAUUUUGUGAGUGGUUGGAGUCGGAUUAUUUUGCCGAUUGACAGGAGCGGUGUUGGAUAUAUCAAUCUAAUUGGACAAAGCGAAGACAACGAAAUAGUUUUAAUCGAUUCAUUCUAUUACAAAACCGAUUUGAGAAAUGAAAAACUCGACGAAAACAGCGACGAGGAGAAUUACAUAUUCGAAGCGAAAGACACAAGAAAGCCGAUAUCUAUCGAAAAUGAUAGUUCCGAAACAACUACAGAUAUUGACUUAAUAAUUGACGAUGAUGGAUCGGGCGAACCAGAACCCGAGGAAAUAGGAGACGAAGAAAUAGCUGCCACUCUAGGACCGUGGGCCAUAGCGUUAAUUUCAUUUGGAUCUGUGACUAUUUUGGCCGUUAUUUUAGUUGGAGCUUAUCAUUUCGGUAAAGCUGCUGGAAUCGCAGUCAGCGCGCCCUUCUUCGUAGACUUAGAGCCGAGUGUGAGGAUACCAAGAGUGAGAGCUUUGAGACAAUCGCCUAUAGAACGUAUUGGAAGGACUUGGUGA